AGGAAGAAAGCUCCCACCAACAAAACUCUCAGACACACAAACAUGGCGCCUGCCUCCGCCGACAACUUCAGAUAAAAGUGUGGCGAACAAGUGCCCAGCAAAGUUUCUAAGGAGUAUUUGGAAGUACCCUUGUUUUGGCUAUUUUUAACCUCUCGGUUUGCACAAAUAGGAAAUACGGAAUAUAUCGAGCAGUUAAAAACAGCAAGUUGCCUACAUGUCAACAUUGUCUCUCGCUGCAGUGUAAACAGCUGGUAAGCCCAGCCAUGAUUGAGGAUAAGGGUCACCGUGUGACCGACUACUUUGUGGUUGCCGGGCUGACAGACAAGUCCACGCCGCUGGAGCAGGAUCUCUCAGAGACCAAGUCCAGCGGGCCCAAAGCCCCCAUCAGUGACCUGGCCGUCAUCAACCGGUCCGCCGGAGAGACGGUGCCCGAGGGCUUCACAUGCAUCGACAGCACCUACAGCGGCCAGCCCGCCAACCUCAACCACGGCAGCCUGAAGAGCCCCGAGCUGUUUCUGUGCUACAAGAGGGGGCGGGGGAAGUCUCCGCUCAUCGACGUCGGAGUGCUGUAUGAGGGUAAGGAGCGUCUGAUCCAGGGCUGCGAGGUCAUCCAGGCCACGCCGUACGGCCGCUGCGCCAACGUCAACAACAGCUCGGCCACCUCGCAGCGCAUCUUCAUCACGCUGCGCCGGGCGCCACCCGUCCAGCCGCAGAACUCCCUCGCAGUGACCGACAUCUGCGUCAUCGUCACGAGCAAAGGGGAGACGCCCCCUCACACCUUCUGCAAGGUGGACAAGAACCUCAACUGUGGCAUGUGGGGCUCCAAUGUGUUCCUGUGUUACAAGAAGUCGGUGUCUGCGUCCAAUUCCAUCAGUUACAAAGCUGGUCUCAUUUUUCGUUACCCAGAGGAGGACUAUGAGUCGUUUCCUCUGUCUGAAUCUGUCCCUCUGUUCUGUUUGCCCAUGGGUGCAAAAAUCGAGUGCUGGGCACCAAACACACGUGAUCCUCUGCCCGUCUUCUCCACGUUUGUCUUAACCAUCUCCUCCGGGGAAAAGGUUUAUGGGUCAGCCAUCCAGUUCUACGAGCCUCAUCCCGUGGAUCAGCUGAACGAGAAGCAGAAGAUCCAGCUGGGUCUGCUCACCACGGUGGAGAAGAAGAUGAUCCCUAACCGGCCUGUAAACACCAACAAAUGCAUCUGCCUGCUCUCCCGCUGGCCCUUCUUCGAGUCCUUCCGCAAGUUCCUGAUGUUCCUGUACAAGCUCUCCGUCUCCGGCCCGCACCCUCUGCCCAUCGAAAAGCACAUCUCCCACUUUAUGCACAGCGUGUCGUUUCCUUCCCCUCAAAGGCCCAGAAUAUUAGUCCAGCUGUCGGCACAUGACACUUUGAUCCUGUCCCAGCCUGUGUGUACACCCCUUCCCCUCAGCGGGGCGGAUUACGGCACGCUGCUGAUGAAUCUGGGCUCGGAGAACUGCGCCACGCUGCUGCACUUUGUCCUGCUGGAGAGCAAGAUCCUGCUGCACUCGCUGCGGCCCGCCGUGCUCACCGGAGUGGCCGAGGCUGUGGUGGCUAUGAUCUUCCCCUUCCAGUGGCAGUGUCCCUACAUCCCUCUGUGCCCGCUCUCUCUCGCUGGAGUCCUCAACGCUCCGUGUCCAUUCAUAGUGGGCGUAGACUCCCGCUACUUCGACCUUUACGACCCCCCGCCAGAUGUGGUCUGUGUGGAUCUGGACACCAACACCAUCUACCUGUCUGAUGAGAAGAGACACAGCAACUGGAAGAACCUCCCAAAGAAACCCUGCAAGAGUCUGGUUAACUCCCUGAGCAACUUGCACCACCAGCUGGCCACAGUGUCAGUGCGUCAGUCACCGCAGGAUAACUCAGCGGUGGACAUGACUCCCAUCGAGGCGGACUUCACCUGGCACAAGAAGAAGACGGCACUGGAGAUGGAGAUCCAGGAGAACUUCCUGCGCUUCAUGGCCGCCAUCCUGAAGGGCUACCGCUCCUACCUCAAACCCAUCACACAGGCGCCUUCCGAAAAAGCCACGGCUGCAGACUCCCUCUACGACCUGCAAGGAUUUCUCAAAAGCAGGGACCGGGCCCACCAGAAGUUCUACUCCCAGCUCACCAAGACGCAGAUAUUCAUCCGCUUCAUCGAGGAGUGCACCUUUGUCAGCGAUAAGGACACCGGCCUCGCCUUUUUCGACGACUGCGUGGAGAAGCUUUUUCCAUCUGAUAAAAUCACCGACAAGGGCACUAAGGUCGAAGGAGAGUCAUCUGAGGACACCAGACUGCUGGAGCUGGACGAGUCUCAGAAGAGUGAACACACUGUCUUUGUAAUGCCGGCUGAGCCUCCAGCUCACGAUGGAACCGAACCCCUCCCCAGAUACACGUAUAAAAGCUUCCCCAGGUUGCAGAUGGAGCUGUUCGACCUUCCUCGGGAGAUACGGCCUGCUAUCAGCUGCAGAGCGGCGGGGGCCAGUCUGUCCAGCAGCCCCGCCCUGCUGGCUAAGAGGACCAAGCAGGAGAUCAAGCUGGCGUCUAAGAUGGCGAAGCACUUCUACUCCAACCCCCCGCGGUGGGCGCGCUGUCUUUUCAGUCACUGCUACAGCCUGUGGUUCAUCUGCCUGCCCGCCGCCGUCAGGCUCUCCAAGUCCAAGAGCCGCGCCAUGCAGCAGGCCUACAACGUCCUCCUGAAGAUGAGGACCACCGAGGUGGAGGUGCUGGAUGAGGUGUGUUACAGAGUGGUGAUGCAGCUCUGCGGUGUGUGGGGUCUUCCCGUCAUGGCUGUGCGAGUCCUGGUGGAGAUGAAGAAAGCUGGAGUACAUCCGAACGCCAUCACUUAUGGAUACUACAACAAGGCCGUCUUAGAGAGCCCGUGGCCGAGCAGAAACCGGAGCGGCCUCUUCAUGUGGACCAAGCUCCGUAAUGUUGUUCGUGGAGUGGCCCAGUUCAAGAAAGCUCUCGACCAAAAAUCUUCCAAGAAGGGACCCAGUGCUGCAGCUGCAUCUCUAGGUGUGUCAGCAGUCACUGACGCUGACCGUUUGAGUCAUGGAAGUGCCGACAGCUCGAGCGAGGUCAACGGUGAGGAGCACAACCUCAUAGCCCACGGCACGGAAGACACCACAGACAAACACUGUGGUACAGGAAGGCAGUCUGAUCAAGGCUACGGCUCCAAAGAUGAUAUGCACCAGGAGCUGGCAGAGUCUUUACAAACUGCCCUCCUUUCCGCUGAGGAGAGAAACAACUCCAAAGCACAGCGCAAUGGAGGUGACAUAGCCGGCUCAGUGGACAGUGCAGUCGCGCUAGCAGAGCCCCCCAGUCCUGUGGCUGUGCCCUCGCCUGUCCCCAGUAUCGUGAAGCUUUCCACAGGGAGCUUUGACAGCGGCAGGGAAACAGGCACAGGGAAGCUGUUCAGGAGACGCAGCAAGAACGAUAACGUGUCUCUCCCUGACGACGAGGCCUCGCUGCCUGCAGGAGACGCAGCUCACCAGUCUCAGCAUCAGCGGCAGAAGUCCUUCGGGGAGCGCAGCUGCAGCUUCAGCGUUGAGACCCGCGCUGGCAUGCUGCUGGAGAAAGGCGUGGACCACAUGGCCAGUCAGAUGGGCGCCGACGCUCGCAUCCUGGCUGCGGCGCUGUCUGCAGGCCCAAGCACGCCCCCUAAUUCUUCUUCCAAAGUGCUUUUUAAAGACUUGGAGGAAGAGCCUGAAGAAGAUCAGGGCGUGGCGGUGAUGACGCUGCCAGAGGAUGAGGGGCAGGUAGAAGAGAAGGGAAAUGCGGAAGAGAUGGAGGGGGCUGAGUUAAAACUGGAGACACGGGAGAGGAAGCACACAGAGACAAGCGAGGAGGACCCCGGGCUGCGGAGUGCCACCUUGGAGAGGGCCGACGUACAGGUGGGUGCCGACCCGCUUUCCCUCCUGGUGACAGAGGUGGAAGAGUCGGCCUCCGUCACCAGCCAGGAGCCCCCCCGCUCCGUCCCCGCCGUGGUGUCCCGCAACCUGGCCGAGGAGAUCGAGAUGUACAUGAGCCUGAGGAGCCCUCUGGGCCCCAAGUCUUCCAGCAUGGAGCUCCAGCAGGCAGUGGGAGACACCACCGACUCCCCCCAGACGAAGGCUCUGGAGCGCAGGUCCAGCCUCCCCGUGCCUCCCAUCAAAACUCCCACGGGCUCCCCAGGAGACACCCCCAAACGCAGCCCCCACACAGUGACCCGCUCCAAGACUUUCGCAGUAAAGACGAAGACCCCCGGCAGCGCGGUGGGUAGUCCCCGAUCCGCCUCACUGACGGCGCUCGUCAAGUCCACCCAGGGGGGGUCGCUGGGCUCUGUCAUCAACUCCAUAUCAGGCAUCAAGAUGGACAAUCUGCUGACCGGACCUAAAAUAGACGUGUUGAAGUCCGGCAUGAAACAGGCGGCAAAUGUGGCGAGCAAAGUGUGGGGGGCUGUCGCCUCAGCGUACUCCUAUUCAGAUGACGAGGAUGACCAGGCUCAGGGCGGCGGGGGCUUCCCCUCUCACCUGGAUGAACAGAUGCUGGCUGCACAUGAUGAUGACAGUCCUGAGAGAGGACCCAUCCCGGGGCUGGUGGCCAACGGCCUCAACCAGAGCUGCACCAGCCUGGGCAGCAGCAGCGGCAGCAGCGACACGGGCCGCGGGACACACCUGACAUAUCAAACUCCAGGACGAGCUCGGGGUCCAGACUCGGAGCCGGGCUCCUCCCUUAACGCUUCCUCCUCCAGCAUCUACCAGAACUGUGCACUGGAGGUGCUGAUGUCCAGCUGCUCACAGUGCCGCUCCUGUGAAGCGCUGGUGUAUGACGAGGAGAUCAUGGCGGGGUGGACGGCUGAUGAUUCCAACCUGAACACCAACUGUCCUUUCUGCAGCACGGCGUUCCUCCCCUUACUGCAUGUCGAGUUUCAUGACUUGCGCACGAUGACAGGGUUCUACAUGAAUCCCAGUGCCUCUGGAGACAGCAUCCACAGCACCCAGCCCACAGCCAGCAGCGCCGCCGAUAUAAAGGCACCAGAGCUCAUCUCUUUCCCUGAAGAGGAAGCUCGGGACACUCCGGAUAAUCAGCCUGGAACACUUAAGAGUCUGGUUCCUGAGCCGGUGCAGUCAGACCCCUUAGGUCUCCUGGAGCACCAGGCGGCGGGGAAGCAACGCAGAUGCAGCGGGACAUCUCUAACGCGCAGUAACAGUGUCGGUGGCCCGCUGCAAAGCCUGGACUACUCCCAGAGGCCCGGACAUGGCGUCUCCACCACCAGCCUGCCCUGCAGCCUGCAGGAGGUGUCGGAUGGCAUGGGGACUAAACGCCCGAACCCCAAGCCCGUGUCCGUCCCGUACCUGAGUCCCUUGGUGCUGCGCAAAGAGCUGGAGACUCUGCUGGAGAACGAGGGAGACCAGGUGAUCUACACCCACAAGUUCCUCAGCCAGCACCCCAUCAUCUUCUGGAACCUGGUUUGGUAUUUCCGUCGUUUAGACCUCCCCACUCACCUCCCGGGACUCAUCCUGACCUCUGAACACUGCAACAAAGGAGUGCAGCUGCCCUUGACAUCUCUGUCCCAGGACAGUAAGCAAGUUUAUGUCCAGCUCCUUUGGGACAAUAUCAACCUGCACCAGGACCACAGGGAGCCCCUGUACCUGCUCUGGAGGACCCUGUUGGAAAAGAAAGGGACGCUGGCCCCCACAGACCACCAGGAGAUUCGUACCCUCCUCAACACAAUUGUCCGUAACAUCCAGACCAACGACGUGUACGGGCCCAUCAACCUGCUGAUCCGGGAGAUCAAGUGGCGCCCAGAGGGAUUCAAACGGCAGAGGAGUAUCUAUAGAGAAAUAUUGUUCCUCUCACUGGUAGCUUUGGGGAAGGAGAACAUCGACGUAGAGGCCUUCGACAGGGAGUACCGCCAGGCGUACGAUGAACUGAGCGAGGAGCAGCUCCAAUUUUUGCACCUGAUCGACCGACCGCCCGGCCCCAACGUCCAGUGGUGCCUCAAAUGCUUCGGAGCCCCCAUCAUCUGAUCACAGAAAAACCUGAGUGACUACAGCAGGGAGGGAAGUGAUUUUGUAUUUAAACACCUCCAAUCUCCUAAAACACGGUACCCCAUGCCCUUUUUUUUUUUUUUUUUUACAACCUCUAUGGAGCUUUUCAUAGACUUUCCAAGCGGCGGCUUACAGGUGGGACUGUUUCUGUAAAAGAAAAGGCUUGGACACCUGCACGUGCAUCUUCUGGGACUAGUUUAUUUACAGAUGGUGUAUAGAAUAAUGAAUCACUGUACAGAAUGUGUGUGUGUGUGUGUGUGUGUGUGUGUGUGUGUGUGUGUGUGUGUGUGUGUGUGUGUGUGUGUGUGUGUGUGUGUGUGUGUGUGUGUGUGUGUGUGUGUGUGUGUGUGUGUGUGUGUGUGUGAUCAACCCAUCUUGUCGCCUUUUGCUCACUUUGCUUAAAUCUUUGAGAUUGUGUACAUACCAUGACUGUGCACUUUCUACACACAAAAAAGAAAGAACACCCAGGUCCACCUGUCUUUUUGUACAUAUUAUUUACAUGCAGGGGGGAAAUCUAAAACCAGGGUUGCCUUUUUUUUUGGACAAGGCAACACGUCUUGAUGCUUUGACUUGUUGUGUCCUGAGUCUUAAUGAAUGUUGACGUUUGUUUCGUUGUAAAUGUACAAGCUCUCUGUCCGUGUAAAUAUGCAUUGGAAGCACACAUGUAAAGGAGAGGUGGACAAUCACUAAUAUUCUGCAACAUUCCAGAUGCCCUGCAAACAGGUCUUAAAGAAGUAUUAUUGAUCUUGACACUCGUGUGAUUAAAAGCAGCCGAUAGGAGGAAAUAACACAGGCAUGCCACAUUAUGGAUGCCACACUUUAUAAUAGAUGCAGGAAAAGACGCCUCGGAGCAUUUUCAGUUUUAAAUAUCUGCAUUUUUAAACAUACUUUACUUCUUCAGCUACCAUGCCUUUAUUGUAAUGGUAAAUUAGAGCUGUACCGGGGCUAUUCCUAACCCUAGCAUAGAACGAACCAACAUUUUGUCUUUUUUUAAUUGGGUAUUAAAUAUGCUUUUAUGGUUUACACACAGUAGCUCAGAGCUUUAUAACACUGCUUCUCCAAUACUGCUGACACCAUGUAGAGAGAGAAAUAAUUUCACAACAUGACAUUCCACUAAGUGCUCGGAACUGUUGGGAAAUGAGUUAGGAUGGUCCUAUUGUAGACUAGGGACAGCGACUUGUACAGAAGUGAUUAAUAUUUGCACUGCUUUGAUUACAACCUUGAUAGACCCAGGGUGAGGAUGAGAUGACAUCACCUGAACAUAUUCACAAUAUACUAGUCUUUCCUCCAAAACAAAUGAAAUUCUCAAUUAUUUAUUUUUGUAUCAUUGACAUUCGGAUUGCAGACGGUGUAACUUCAGAUUUUUAGGACUAACAAUCCCCCUUUCUCCUUUUUAAUCUGUUUAAGGGAUCCCACCCUGUACUGACUUUGUAAAUUUGACCUCCUAAUGGCAGAGGAUGUACAGAAGAGACUGUUCUCUAAUGAUAGAUUAAGUGAUCUCUUACCGUCCUGUGGAAAGGAAUUGAAUGUCUACACUUAAGUGCGCUGCAAUAAAUGAGUUUGUGAACUGAUUGAAAAAUGAAA